UGUUUACAACCGCAAUUCCAGUGUGUCUUUUUCCCCAAGACUUUUAUUUAUUUUCACGAUUUUAACAAAAAAAAAACGGACACACAGACAGUGGAGUUUUUUUCGUGUGGAUUGUGUGCGCGCGCGAACGGGAACGAGUAAUUACGCAAUUAACAAUAUCACGACGCGGCGCAACGUAAUUCGUUCGGGUGAUAAGAACGACGAUGGAGGCGACCUGCGUGGACCAGUUCGGGAGAGCGAAUCGGAGGAACGGCGAACGGAAGACGGAGGAUGCGGAGGCCUGAUCCCCGAGUGGCUUCCGGUUCCGCUUCCGAAAUGGGUCUGGCAGACGCCGAUCUGAGCAUGGGCGCAGGUGCAGCGGGCGGCUCGGUCCUCGGGCUUCCGGGAUCGGGCGUGGGCGGUGUGCUGUCGCAGCACUGCGCGAUCUGCGGCGACCGAGCCACCGGAAAACACUACGGGGCCGCUUCCUGCGACGGUUGCAAAGGAUUCUUCCGGCGAUCGGUCAGAAAAAAUCACCUUUACACCUGCAGAUUUAGUAGGAACUGUAUAGUAGACAAGGACAAGAGAAACCAGUGCAGGUAUUGCAGGCUCCGAAAAUGUUUCAAGGCCGGUAUGAAGAAAGAAGCCGUGCAGAACGAGAGAGACCGGAUAAGCUGCAGAAGGCCUAGUUACGAGGAGCAGAGCAGCAACGGAAGCGGGCUUUCCGUGGUUUCUCUACUUCAGGCCGAGAUGCUCAGCAGACAGGUCGGCGCUGCCCUCGAGCUAGGUAGUCCGAGUAACGACAUCGACCUAAGCACGAAGCAAAUCGCCAACAUAAACGACGUCUGCGACAGUAUGAAGCAGCAGCUGUUGAUCCUGGUCGAAUGGGCGAAGUAUAUACCGGCAUUUAGCGAGCUGACCCUAGACGACCAGGUUGCUCUAUUGAGGGCACACGCGGGCGAGCAUCUUCUCUUGGGCGUUGCCAGGCGCAGCAUGCAACUGAAGGAUGUUCUCCUGUUGGGCAACAACUGCAUCAUCACGAAAAACUGUCCUGAGGGUCGCAAUCAGGAUCUGGAUAUCAGCAAGGUCGGUGUCCGAGUGAUGGACGAGCUGGUGAAACCGCUGAACGAGGUGCAGAUCGAUGACACCGAAUUCGCUUGUCUGAAGGCCAUCGUCUUUUUUGAUCCCAAUGCAAAAGGCCUAAGUGAACCGCAGCGAAUCAAGCAAUUGCGUUACCAGAUCCAGAUCAACCUAGAGGACUACAUCAGUGAUAGACAGUACGACAGCCGUGGUCGAUUCGGCGAUAUCCUCCUGACGCUGCCAGCUCUGCAGUCGAUUUCCUGGCAAAUGAUCGAGCAGAUCCAGUUUGUUCGACUCUUCGGGGUCGCGCACAUCGACAACCUGCUGCAGGAGAUGCUUCUAGGCGGUGCCACGGCUGAAGGGAACGGUGCUCUGACGCCGAUCGCGAUCUCAAAUGCUCCUGGCAGUUACGUGAGCAGCAACGAAAGUCCCAGCAGUCCCCUGACACCUGCCAAUGCGCCUCCAUUAAGUCCUCAGGAUCAUAUGCUGGCUGGAGGAAGUCCUGUCAUGAUUCUGAGGGACCUAACACCCAUUCAGACCCAAGAGGACGUGACCAGUGUGUCUGGAUUCAGGAUGUUCAAACAGGAGCCCAGUCUCGAGAGUGAAUCAACCUUUUAA